AUGGCUGACCAGAAUCAUCUCAGGGAACCACUUAUUCCGAAUGCUCAGCCAUCGGCCACAAAUGGGCCGCACUACAUCAUCACCGUUUCUGACAAUCAGAACCAGAAUGAGAACCCAUCUCAGCCAUCCAUCAGUCACGUCGAUGAUUCGACGAUUCAAGUUCCGCAGAAUUUGAAUCGAGAUAAUAAAGUUGGCAACUUUAUUGAAGACAACCCGUUUGGGUUUCUUGGGCUGCAUGGAUUUGAGGUGCCCAAACCGUGUACGGUGGAUCCUUUUAGGAAUUCAACACCCAAGGUUGAAGGCUUUUAUGAAUGGGUCAAGAUUUUGGUUUGUUUGCCUGUUGCUUUGUUGAGGUUGGUGUUGUUUGGGCUGUGUUUGUUGGUUGGGUAUUUGGCUACUCGUUGUGCUCUUGAAGGAUGGAAAGAUAAAGAAAAUCCUAUGCCCAAAUGGAGGUGUCGUUUCAUGGGAAUCACUCGUCUCUGUUCCCGUGGCAUCCUUUUCUCUUUCGGCUACCACUGGAUAAGAAGAAAAGGGAGACCUGCUCCGAGGGAGAUUGCUCCUGUUGUUGUAUCUAAUCACGUUUCAUAUAUUGAACCCAUAUUCUUCUUUUACGAAUUAUUUCCCACAAUUGUUGCAUCUGAGUCCCAUGAUUCCAUGCCGUUUGUUGGUACCAUCAUCAGGGCAAUGCAGGUGAUAUAUGUGAAUAGAUUUUCACAGUCAUCAAGGAAGCAAGCUGUUAAUGAAAUAAAGAGAAAGGCAUCUUGCAAUAGAUUUCCCCGUGUGCUUUUAUUUCCGGAAGGAACUACGACAAAUGGGAGAGUCAUUAUUUCUUUCCAGCUGGGUGCUUUUAUUCCGGGCUAUCCUAUCCAACCAGUCGUGAUCCGCUACCCCCAUGUUCAUUUUGACCAAUCCUGGGGUAACAUUUCCUUGGCAAUGCUAAUGUUUAGAAUGUUCACUCAGUUUCACAAUUUCAUGGAGGUUGAAUACCUCCCUGUUGUGUUUCCGCUGGAGGAUAAGAAAGAAACUGCUGCCCAAUUCUCUCAGAGGACUAGCGAUGCUAUUGCUAAUGCUCUCAAUGUGGUUCAAACAUCACACUCCUAUGGAGACAUGUUACUUGUCUCCAAGGCUUCUGAGUUCAAGCAGGAGAACCCCUCUGCAUUCAUGGUUGAAAUGGCCCGGGUUGAUGCAAUGGUUGGUAUAAGCACAUUUGAAGCUGUUGACCUUCUGGAUGUUUUUCUUUCUAUGAAUCCUGAUUCCAGUGGGCAUGUUGCAAUUCAUGACUUUCUCAGGGUGCUCAGACUAAAACCUUGCACUCUUUCAGAACAGAUAUUUCAGUUCUUCGAUGUGCAGAAUUCUGGAAAAAUAACAUUCAGACAGCUGAGGAAAAUUUGUUUUGGUUUCUUCCCAUAUUUAGGCCUAUUUCCUUCUUCCUUGCCCACAACAAAAAAAGGUUCUCUGAGUUUUUGCCAAUUUUGUUUUUGGAAGAUGGUGAGAGGGAAGACUCAGAUGAGGCGGAUAGAGAACGCCACAAGCAGGCAAGUUACCUUCUCAAAGAGGAGAAAUGGGCUGCUCAAGAAAGCUUUUGAGCUCUCAGUUCUUUGUGAUGCUGAAGUUGCACUCAUCAUUUUCUCUCCCAGAGGAAAACUCUAUGAGUUUGCCAGUUCAAGCAUGCAGGGGAUAAUAGAGCGCUAUCAAAGCCAUGCAAAGGAGAUCCCAGUCAGCAAUCCCACAAUAGAACAGGAUGUUCAGCACCUGAAACAUGAAACAGAAACCAUGCUGAAGAAGAUAGAGCAGCUUGAAUCUGCCAAAAGGAAACUUUUGGGGGACGGCAUAGCGUCAUGUAGCCUUGAAGAAUUACAAAAGUUGGAGCAGCAGUUGGAACGAAGUGUGAACUGCAUUCGACAAAGAAAGAUGCAAGUGUAUCAUGAACAGAUUGAGCAACUCAAGGAAAAGGAAAAAGUGCUAGCAGCUGAAAAUCUGAAGUUACUGGAGAAGUGUGGAGUGGAACCUCAGCUGAGACCAAAAGAAAGUGUUGAGAUUUUGCCUCGUUCGGAAAGUAGUGAAAUUUCAGAUGUGGAGACUGAUUUGUUUAUCGGACCACCAGAGAGAAGAUAUAGGCAAACAGUAAAGAACUGA